GUUUCUCCAGGGAGCGGGCGUCGGGCAGCCGGGGAAGAGGUCUGCGGAGCGGGGGGCGGGGAUGCUUCGCCGCGCUCCUGUUUAAAGGCGGGGGUUCGCCGACCGAUGGAAGCCGCGCCGCGGGGAUGGGAGAGAUCGCCGGCCGCUGGCUUGGGCUCCUGCUCUGCUCUGCUCUGCUCCGGACCACAUGUGCUAGGGUGGAUGCUGACGAUGUCAUCACUAAGGAUGAGCAGAUCUACCUGCUGUUUGAGGCAAAGGAAGAAUGUGAAAAAAAUCUGAGAACCAAACCAGCACAGAAAGCAGGGGCAGCCUGCCAGGCGGAGUGGGAUGGCGUUGUGUGUUGGCCCCCAGCCCAAGCCAACCACAGCAUCGCCAUCUCCUGCCCCCAAUACAUCCAUGACUUCAACCACAAAGGGCAAGCGUAUCGCAGGUGCAGUGUUCAUGGUGAUUGGGAGCUGGUGUUUAAUAGGAACAGAACCUGGGCAAACUACACCGAGUGCACCCAGUUCAAGUGGGCAGAGGUUUGGCACCGAAAGGUUGUGUUUGACCGUCUGUACCUGAUGUACACGGUGGGCUACUCUAUCUCCCUGGCCUCCCUGCUGGGCGCCGUUGCCAUUCUCAGUUAUUUCAGGCGGCUACAUUGUACCAGGAACUACAUCCACAUGCACCUCUUCAUUUCCUUCAUGUGCCGGGCAAUCAGCAUCUUUGUCAAGGAUGUCAUGGUCUAUUCAAACUCGACGAUGAAUGGGUUGGAGUUCCGUGUUGAAGAUCUAGUGGGCGACGCGAUGCCUCUCCCCAGUGAGGGGCAGUUCACGGGCUGCAAGGUGGCAGUGAUCCUGUUCCUCUACUUCCUCGCCACCAAUCACUACUGGAUUCUGGUCGAGGGCCUUUACCUGCACAGUCUGAUCUUCAUGGCUUUCUUAUCAGACAAGAAGUAUCUCUGGGCGCUGACACUGAUUGGCUGGGGGAUCCCAGCGGUGGUGGUGGCGGCAUGGGGAAUCACCAGAGCAUCACUGGCAGAUACGCUAUGCUGGGACCUCAGUGCUGGAAAUGUGAAGUGGAUUUACCAGGUUCCUAUUCUUGCUGCCGUUGUGGUGAAUUUCUUCCUCUUUAUGAAUAUUGUCCGUGUUUUGGCAUCAAAACUGUGGGAGAAAAAUGCAGGAAAACUGGGUCCUCGGCAGCAGUACAGAAAGCUGUUGAAGUCUACACUUGUCCUCAUGCCUCUUUUUGGAGUUCAUUAUGUGGUUUUCAUGGCCAUGCCGUACACCGAUGUAUCCACGAUCCUUUGGCAGAUCCAGAUGCAUUAUGAGAUGCUCAUCAACUCCUCUCAGGGCUUUUUUGUUGCCUUUAUCUACUGCUUCUGUAAUGGUGAGGUUCAGGCAGAAAUAAAGAAGUCCUGGUUAAGGCGGAACCUGAGUCUGAAUUUGAAGCAGCAGGCGCGAGCAGGCAGUAGCUGCCCUUAUGGAGCUGUGACCUCUCUUGCUACCAACAGCAUCAGCAGCAGCAUCGCCACGCGCGGCCAGUCCACAGUGCACAGCAAUGCCAGGCAUUGUGCUCUGCCACUGCACUCCUUCAUCAAGCUGCCCGGCUACACUGCAAGCACAUCCCCCUCGGACAACAGCCUGCACUCCCCCAGCCUGGCCAGCAGGGACUGGAGAGGAGAAGACAAGGAGCAGGAGUAAUAGUUCCAGCCCACUCUCUAACAUCAAUGGAAAACGGUCCCGUGAAGAAAAUUAAGUGCUUUAUCCAUGCAACCUUCCCUCAGCUGAAUAAAAAGAACAUUGUAUGACCAGUGAAAUGUUGGCAUUGAUUCACAUAUAAAAGGGUUAUAUUACCAAGCAGGAGCAAGUGAACCAUACCCGAGGCCACAGGGCUCGCGGUCUGUAUUAGCUUAAGUUUCACCCAAGCUAGACAUUUGUAACAGGCAGGUACGCUCAUCAACACAGUGCAAGGCAGCAAACAAGCAACAGAUCCUCACUGUGGGUUGACCACUUUGGGCGGCAUAGUGUUACCGCCUCACAGCUCCAGCAAUCUGGAUUCAAUCCCAACCUCCAGUGUCUGGUGGAGUUUGUACAUUCUCCCAGUGACCAUAUGUUUUAGAUGCUCUGCUUUCCUCCCACUCCCCAUAGACAUGCAGGUUAACCAACAGCUUUAUGUCACCACGUGCGUUGGUGAGAGGCGGGUGAAUCGGGAGCGGAUGGGAGUGCAUGAGAGAAGUUUUACAGGGAAAUAAUGGCCUCCUUAAAUGUCAUAGGGAAAUAUGAAAUAUGAAUCGACGGCUCAGGGAAGCAUUUCACUUUGGACAUUUAAUGCAUGGUUGCUUCCAACAAAACAAAGAUUAUAUUAAUAUCAAUGCAGGCUCCCAGCUACUAGAUGUGAACGUCUAAACACAAUCCCAUACCACUGGUGUGCGUUAGUGAUGGCAACAAAUAUACACAAUGGAGUUGACCAGUGAGAGGAAUAAUUAGUUAAGGCGCAUCUGGACAUGGAACAUGGGCAGUAGCACACAAAUAUAAUGUAACAUCAUAUAGUAAGACAAAGUACAUUCCUACCCCUCACUCCAUAGAUGCUGCCUCACCCGCUGAGUUUAUCCAGUGUUUUUGUCUACCUUCUUACCCUUCAGAGUUACUCAAGAAAAUGUUUCCUCAAGAAUCUUGCUUUAUAUAGCUGAGCUCAAAGGCUCAGUGAUACAAGUACGGAAUAAAGUAUCCAUGGGAGUAACAUUUUUAAGAUAGCCUUACUUUAUCAUAAGACCACGAGACAUAGGAGUAGAAUUAGGCCAUUCAGCCCAUUGAGUCUACUCUGCCAUUCAAUCACAGCAGAUCUAUUUUUCUCUCAACCCCAGUUUCCUGCCUUCUUCCCAUAACCUUGGACUACUUUAUUAAUCAAGAACCUAACAAUCUCCGCUUUAAAUCUACUCAAUGACUUGGCCUCCACCGUCAUCUGCAGCAAUUAAUUCCACAGAUUUACCCACCUUUGGCGAAAUAAAUUCCUCAUCUCCUUUCUAAAGGUGCGUCCUUUUACCCUGUGGCGGUGCCCUCUAUUUUUAGACUCUUCCACUCCUGAAAACAUCCUGUCCACAUUCCCUCUACCUGGGCCUUUCAUUAUUAGGUAGACUUCAAUGAGAUCCCCCUCAUCCUAAAUUUCAGGUAAAGUACAGGACCAGAGCCUUAAAAUCAGAGGUCACAAGGGUCAUAAUUGUCUUUAUGAUGUCUCCAUGGCAACAGGGAGCCUGGAUUAGCUGAGGACACGUUACUGUGCACAAUACUCCUUGUACAAUGUCUUGUGAAGUUGUAAAUAACAUCCCAAUUCUUGUAGCAAAUUCCUGGAUGAAGAAAGACAAGCAUUCAAUAUGCCUUCAUCAUCCUGAAUACAUCUAUCACUACUUUCAAGGAACUAUGCAUUUGUGCCUCACGGCCAAUUGGUACUACAAUAACUUAACAAGCUCCCUGCCAUUUACUGUUUAAAUCCUGCCCGAGUUUAAUUUACCAAUAUGCAACAGUUCACACUUGUCCAAGUUAAAUUCCACCUGCCAAUCUUUGGUCCACUCUCACAGUUGAUCCAGAUCUUGUUGUAAUGUUAGCUGACCCUCACUGUCCACUAUACCACCAAUUUUGGUGCCAUCCACUAAAUUGCUAAUCAUGCCAAGCAGUUCAAUAUUCCAGCAUCCUUCAUCUCUUGUGUUUCUAUCAGGAGUUUGCAAGUUUCACCUGAGCUUUCCCGUGUCCGAUGUUACAUUUCUGAGAGAGAUAGAGCACAGAAACAGGCGCUUUGGCCCACCGAGUCCAAGCUGUCAAAUUAACCACCUGUUUACACCAAAAAUCCCAUUUUCUUUUAUUCUCCCUAUAUUU